AUUGUUUGAUACUCUCAAAAAAAAUAUUAUAUAUGGUUUUAAAACUGUUUUAUAUUGACGCAUACAAAAACAUCUUUAUGCACAUUUAUAUGAUUUUAUAAAAAUGCAUGAUAAUUUAAAAUAUUAAGGAAGUCUAAAAAAAGAGAGAACUUUUAUAGUUAAAAAGAGCAGGUAAAAUUUACAACGUUAAUAAAGGGCAAUUACAAUCAAUGCUCAUUUAGACGACACCUUAUAAUCUGGCAUUAUGUCCGUUGCUGAUAGUUAUUAGAAUUAAGUACGUGUUCGGAAUUCCGCUCUCUUUAAACUGUCUCGCAGUUCAGGUUGCCAUUACUCAGUCGCGCUGUGAAAGCGGAAACAACGCCGUAAUUCACUUAAUUCGGCGAGCCGGAGGAAAAUUCAUUUGCUGCUGGAACCGAUAAUGGACUGGUAUGGUUGAUUAUAAAAAUCCACCAUGCAAGUUAGGAAAAUCAAGUUUAAUUAUUAAUUUAAUGGUCAAAUUAUAUUACGGUAAAUAAAAUAAUUUAAUGUUUAAGUUCUGUAUUGUUUUAAUUUAUUAAGUUCUGUAAUGUUUAAAUUCUGUAUUAAACGAAUAGUCUGUUUGUGAACAAGAUUAUAAUUUGCUUGUUCUUUUACGUAAAUAAAAAUUAUCUUUAAUUUUUUGAGAUACUUAAUUAAUGCAGCAAUAUUUACAUGUCAAUUAUACGUUUUAUAUCUAAUUCGAUAUAUAAUUUAUCUUUGUUCUUUAUGUUAUAGAAUAAAUAUCUUAAUUCUAGUUACUUAUUGACGUUGCUAUAUAAAUAAUUAAAAUCCUUUAUCUUAACAAUUAUACUAUUUGAUAAUAUUAAAAUAAAUAUAUUGUAAAAAAUUAAAUAACAAACUAUUUUAUCUUUAAUAAAAUACUCCAGUAAUAAACAUUUUGACGAUGUUAAUACCAAUUUGGACAAAGGAUUUAUUUUGUUCGGCGCUUGUUUCUUCUCAUAUACUUCUGAAUGAGACUUCUUUUUUUAGUGACAUUCGAUCUUUCCUGCUCUGUCUUAUUUCCAUAGUCUGUUUGACUUUUCUUAUCCAAUUUUAGCAAACUCCCGAGCGUUUGCCUCUUUUCUAUGUGAUCCAUUUCCAUAUUUCGCAGAAACGUCGACGUUGGACCAUUUUGCCUGCGUUAUUCGCGUGACCGUAUAAAGUUUUAAAAGUUCCGAAUCGCUUUUAUCUAUAUUCAUAUUUCCACAUGCACAUGUCGUGAUUUUUAAUCAAUUUCAAAUUCAAUUCGUAUGUACCUCAUCGUUUGCAGGAUUCACACUUCUAUUCAAUAUAUGUCCUACAAACGUUAUGCAUAUUCUCCACUUUUCAAUGCAAAUAAAAAAUCUAGACAUUCGUGCUUUUGUAAUUGAUUGGUGUGUGUGUGUGUGUGUGUGUGUGUGUGUGUGUGUGUGUGUGAAAAUUAAACUAAUAAAGAAGUAUUUAAAAUUUUUUUUUACAAUUUUAUCUGUCAUGUUAUAUAUAGUUGAGUGUAGUAUUGUUCAGAAUGAUGGUACUUCAAUAUAAGCAUGUAAUGGUUUUAUAUCUUUUUAUAUUAUAUGUAUUUGCACUAAUGUAGUUGUUAUUAAUACACUGCAAUAAAAUAAAAAUUAAAUAAAAAUUUAAAUUAUAUUUUAUUGUUAUAAUAAUCAAAAUGUUGAGAAAAAAAUGUAAUAGUAUCUUGAAUAAUUUCUGGAGGUAAAAUAAACUAAAUUAUAAACUUAAUUAAAUAAGUUGCACAAAGUAUCUCACGUGUAUCAUAUUUAGGAUAUGGACUUCUCUUAGAAAUCAUCAUGUUGUCUCACAAUAUACGCAUCGCGAAACAGAAAUUAUCAUCUAUGGAUCGAGGGUAAGCGUCAUGGCGAAUCAAACGGUUGAUUACUAUGAGGAUAUUUACCAAUGGAACCAUACGGUAUCGGCGGACGGAGAAAAUUCGGAGACGGAAUAUUAUCUGCCUAAUUGGACCGAUCUUAUUCUAGCAGGAUUAUUUACGAUGCUGAUUAUUGUUACAAUAGUCGGCAAUACUCUAGUGAUCGCUGCUGUAAUUACCACGAGGAGAUUACGGUCUGUGACUAAUUGUUUUGUAUCUAGCUUGGCUGCUGCAGAUUUACUGGUCGGUCUAGCGGUGAUGCCACCGGCUGUGCUGUUACAGCUUACAGGAGGGACUUGGGAGUUGGGCGAAAUACUGUGCGAUUUCUGGGUCUCUCUCGACAUUCUACUUUGCACGGCCAGCAUUCUCUCGUUAUGCGCCAUAUCCAUAGACAGGUAUCUGGCCGUAACUCAGCCCCUGAUCUACAGCCGUCGACGCAGAAGCAAACGACUAGCCGGGUUGAUGAUCGUUGCGGUAUGGGUAAUGGCUGGCGCAAUAACGAGUCCGCCUUUACUGGGUUGUUUCCCACGUGCGACAAAUCGUGACAUCAAAAAAUGCUCCUACAAUAUGGAUUCUUCCUAUGUGAUAUUCUCGGCGAUGGGCAGCUUUUUUCUACCGAUGCUGGUAAUGCUGUAUGUGUACGGUAGAAUAUCGUGCGUCAUAGCAAGUAGACACAGAAAUCUGGAGAAGACCAAUGAAAGGGAGAACGUCCGAUCACGCCGUAAAAUCACGAUUGAUCGCGGCAAAAGUAUCAAGGCGCAACGUACGGAUUGCGCAGAGAGCAGUAUGAUGGGUGACAGACCAUCCGAGGAUACCGAGCUAACAAAUAUGUGCAAAAAGUUGGGUACAAUUCGAGGUAAUCAGCAAAGCUGCAUCAACAGGGUCGCCAGAGAAACGAAAACUGCGGGCACCCUGGCAGUAGUUGUAGGUGGGUUCGUUGCAUGCUGGCUGCCGUUUUUCAUUCUGUAUCUGGUAACACCCUUCGUGCCCGUACAGCCGCCGGAUGUUCUCAUGCCAGCCUUGACAUGGCUAGGAUGGAUUAAUUCGGCCAUCAACCCGUUCAUUUACGCUUUUUAUUCAGCAGACUUCAGACUCGCUUUUUGGCGACUAACAUGUAGGAAAUGUUCGAAGAGCAGACUUAACUUAGAUGGCACCAAUCGGAAAUUACCCGCCUCGGUUAACUGGAAGAAAGAUACAUCGAGGACGUGAAGUUCUCCGCACACAGUUUCGAACUUAUUCAAUUAUGUGGCGUCCGGUAUUAGAAUGACUGUGGUUGAAGUUUAUUCGCAAUUGCAGUCUAUUAAUGAAGAAUGACAUGUGUGAGAACUAUGUUCCUAAUAUGAGUUUAUAACCAAUUAAUAGUUCUUAUUCGCGGUUUUAUGUAAUCGAUCUACAGUAGAGCUUGGUGCGUAAUAAUACACUGAAAAAAAGUUGUUAAUUGGAUAAAAAUUUUCAACUUAAUAAUUUUUCAAUUUAAGUAUUUGUGUACUUUAGUAAAAUAUAUUAAUAUUCAAAUUAAAGUUCAAGUAUUUUAUGUAUUUAAAUUAAAUGCAUAAAUACUUGAAUUAAAAAAAAUUUAAUCAAGCUAAAAAUUUAGUCAAAUUAACAACAUUUUUGUGUGAAUUUUUACUAUUUCUAGCUCAUGCGAACUGCGCAUAGCAAUUUUGUCGAUUUUUUAAGAAACACUUUUUACAUGAAGUCAAAAUAUAAAGUUUUAUAAAUUGAAUUGGCAAUUUAAUAAUGUUGAUGUUCAAGAACAUCUAUAAGAUGCUUUCUGAAAAACUGUAAAGAAUUUAUUACGAAAAAUAAUAUCUCUGCCAGGAUACGAAUUUGAUUCUCCAUUCGUUUUCGCUAUAUAUCCUUUAUAGUUUUUCACACAAAAAUUAUAAUUAGAUUCUACUAUUUAUCGCAAACCGAUAGAGAGUUUUAUUUUUAGAUUUAAUAUUUUCAUCGAUUUAAUUUCAAUUAUUAGAAAUAAUUCAUUAUGCAUAUUCGCAUAAUACUUUCGGACACGCAUCUACUUUUAAUAUUAGUAUAAACAGUCAUUAUUUCUUUGUUGAACAUAAUAAAUAAAUAUUUAUAAUUUUAUUAUAUUAGUUUUGCAAUUAUGUUUAGUUAAAUUAAAUUCUAAAUAU